AUGCAAAGCGUCUGAGGCAGGAGGCAGGGUGAAGGGGCUGGGCUGAUGACAGCAUCCUCUGCCGCUCAGUGGCUCCACACCUGACUGACUCCAUCAGAUGCUCAGAUGAUGGAGCUCUCCGCGCGGCCGGCUCAUCCGCUGCCACCAUUUCGCACGUCCACUUCCCGACACAUGUUCUCCAGAUGUCUUCAUCUGAUCUGAGCAUUUGUUGCCGCGGAUUUCGUUCAAGCCGCUGCGGUCACUCUUGGGCUUGCGCAGGUUCUUUAUAUGGAUUGUGAAUGCUGAGUGGUCGGAUCGAGGUGGUCUUUGUUUUCCUGGAAAAGCGAACAGGAGUGGACUGAUGCUGCGUCGCUGGUAAACACCAGAAAUGGGUGUUAUCCAACCAGGACUGUCAACGCCGGUUCGCUCUUGGACCACAUUUGCUUUUUUCUCCUGAUAAAACAUCUGCUGAAUCCGGCUCUUAUACCUCUACAAGUUGCUACACUGUGCAGGCUUCAGUCAAGCAAACAAAUGGUACAAUCAAUAGGCAGUGGCCAGCAUCUGCCAUAGGGAGGACAUCAAUAACACACUCAUACACCUGACCCCCUCAUCCACACGCCCUGGACAUGGCUCUGGAGAACUCAGUCUUCCCUUCCCGUCCAGACUCGCUCUCGCUCCCUGUGGAGGAGAAAGGGGAACGGGAGGAGGUGGAGGUGGCCACAGAAGCUACAGCGUCCACAGGGGUUUACAACCUAUCAGAUGAGCUGGGCCACGUCGUCACCACGGAGACCACACCGUCCCCUCCGACCUCGGCCAAGGUGAACAGGUCUUUCCAGGCCAAACUGGCUGAACGAGAAGCCAAAGCCAAUCAGGCCCGGAAGAAAGCCCAGGGGACGGAGAAGGAGAGGGGCCGAUUCGGCUGGGCCCGAGCUCGACGUAAGAGGCAGCGCUAUGUGGAGAAGAAUGGCCGCUGCAACGUGCAGCAUGGCAACAUGCGGGAGACUUACCGCUACCUGACGGACAUCUUUACCACACUGGUGGACCUCAACUGGCGCUGCUCGCUCUUUGUCUUUGUCAUGGCCUACGCAGUCACAUGGCUCUUCUUUGGGGCCAUCUGGUACCUCAUAGCCUACUGCAGAGGUGAUCUGGACCAUCUGGAGGAUGAGAAAUGGACACCAUGCGUCAACAAUGUCAACGGCUUCAUCUCGGCUUUCCUCUUUUCCAUCGAGACAGAGACCACCAUUGGCUACGGCCACCGUGUUAUCACAGACCAGUGUCCAGUGGGGACCAUGCUGCUGCUGCUGCAGGCUAUUCUGGGCUCUAUGGUCAACGCCUUCAUGGUGGGCUGCAUGUUUGUGAAGAUCUCGCAGCCCAACAAAAGAGCUGAGACGCUGGUGUUCUCCAAAACCGCUGUGAUCUCCCUGAGAGAUGACAAGCUCUGCCUAAUGUUCAGGGUCGGUGACCUGCGCAGCUCCCACAUAGUGGGGGCCAACAUGAGGGCCAAGCUCAUCAAGUCCAAACAGACUCAGGAGGGUGAGUUCAUACCUCUGGACCAGACCGACAUCAGUGUGGGCUUUGAGACGGGUGAUGAUCGUCUCUUCCUGGUGUCUCCUUUGGUGAUAUCCCAUGAGAUCGAUGCACAUUCACCCUUCUGGGACAUGUCCCAGGCCCAGCUGGAGAAGGAGGACUUUGAAAUCGUGGUCAUCCUGGAGGGAAUGGUGGAGGCCACAGACAGGACGAAUGGAAACACCCUGACGACAGCAGAGACGAACACAGGCCACGACCACAACAACUAA